UUGCUCUCCACGCUUCCAACCGAGUCCAACGGGCCCAGCCGGUAGACGGCAACAUCAGAUAGCAGCGGCCGCCAGUCACCCAGCCAGAGCUUGACCAUUCAAAAAUUAAUUGUAUAUAAAGGUACUAAGUACCAAGUACUUGUUUGGUAUUAUCUAACAAUCGAAUAAUAUAAUCGCAAUUCCUAGAAAUGUCUCCAAUUCUCUGGCUAACAUUCGGUUUAACAUUCACACUAACGAAUGGCCAAAAUGGUAAACCAAAUAUUAUAAUCAUAAUGGCUGAUGACUUGGGUUUCGACGAUGUCAGUUUUCGUGGAUCGAAUAAUUUUCUUACACCCAAUAUCGAUGCAUUGGCCUAUAGUGGAGUUAUACUAAAUAAUCUUUAUACGCCGGCUAUGUGUACACCAAGUCGUUCGGCUCUGUUAACUGGCAAAUAUCCCAUUAGUACGGGUAUGCAGCAUUAUGUUAUAGUCAAUGAUCAGCCAUGGGGUUUGCCCCUAAACGAGACGACAAUGGCGGAAAUCUUUCAACAAAAUGGUUAUUAUACCAGUCUUUUGGGCAAAUGGCAUCUGGGAAUGUCUCAGCGGAAUUUCACGCCCACUAAGCGUGGAUUUGAUACCCAUCUGGGCUAUCUGGGUGCCUAUAUAGACUACUAUGAUCAGACGUAUUUACAAAGCAGUCAAAACUAUUCGCGUGGCCAUGAUUUUCGUGACAAUUUGGAGGCCAGUCACGAUAAAGUGGGUCACUAUGUGACCGAUAUUCUAAGCGAUGCAGCCGUCGAAUUGAUCGAAAAGCAUAAUGUGACGGCUAAACCGCUGUUUCUACUUCUCAGCCAUUUGGCUCCACAUGCCGCAAAUGAUAAUGAUCCGUUGCAGGCACCCAUGGAGGAAUUAUCUCAGUUCGAGUACAUUCAAAAUAAAAGUCAUCGCUAUUAUGCGGCAAUGGUGUCACGAUUGGAUAAAAGCGUGGGACGAGUCAUUGAGGCUUUGGCUAACAGGGAAAUGUUGCGGAACAGCAUUGUAUUAUUCCUAUCGGACAAUGGAGGACCCAGUGUGGGUGAGCAUGCCAACACAGCAUCCAACUAUCCACUCAGAGGGCAAAAGCACACACCCUGGGAAGGAGGCAUACGAUCUUCGGCUGCCAUUUGGAGCACGGAAUUUGAACGUCUCGGUAGCGUUUGGAAGCAACGCAUCUAUAUUGGGGAUCUGCUGCCCACAUUGUGUUCUGCUGCCGGCAUAUCAUUGGACCCCUCAAUGCAUUUGGACGGUCUCAAUCUCUGGUCGGCUCUUAAAUACGGCUAUGAAUCGGUUGAAAGGGAAAUCGUUCAUAGCAUAGAUGCAGUAGAUCCACAACCUCAUCUCGCCUACAUGCGUGGCAAAUGGAAGAUAAUCAAUGGAACCACCAACUCUGGCCAAUAUGAUGGUUGGCUGGGUCAACGUAUUACCGAUGAAGUGGAUCCACGUUCUGUCCAUUAUGAUCAAUUGAUACGAAACACAACAGUUUGGCAACAGUUGCAACUUCUUGCAGAUAAGCCGCAACAGGAGCGAAAUAUCACCGAAUUGCGGCAACAAGCCCAAAUUCUGUGUCCGACCCCGGCUAACGCCAAACCUUGUAUGCCCCUAAUAGCACCUUGCUUCUUCGACAUCGAAGUGGAUCCUUGCGAGCAAAACAAUUUAUAUGAUGAAUAUCGUAAUACGAGUAUAUUUCUGGAUCUUUGGGAACGCAUUGAUCAAUAUGCAAGAAAUGCUCAUCUGCCAAACAAUAAGCCAGCCGAUCCAAAAUGUGAUCCGCGAUAUUAUCGAAACGAAUGGACCUGGUGGCAGGAUGAGAAGAGCAGUAGUGGUGCAGGUAGUUCAGGUCCUGCCAUUGAAUUCUUUACAGUAUUCUUCUCUAUAUCAGUAUGUGUUGUGUUUAUAUUUAAAAGUAUCUAAUUUACUAUACAUCUGAAUAGUAUGAAAACAUUUGCCAAAAACUAA